AUGCAUAUUGAGAAAAAUAUAUGUGAUGCCAUUGUGGGAACUUUAUUAAACAUGCCAGGAAAGACAAAGGAUGGAGUUAAAGUAAGAAAAGGCAUGGCUGCUAUGGGUCGUUCAGAGUUGGCACCCGAAUCUCGAGGAAAAUGCUGGUAUCUUCCCCCAGCUUGCUUUACCUUGUCUAAAAAGGAAAAAACUAGCUUAUGUGAGUCAUUGCAUGGUUUAAAGGUCCCGGCUGGAUUUUCUUCUAAUUUUCGUAGAAUUGUGUCAAUGUCUGACUUGAAAUUGGGUGGCAUGAAAUCUCAUGAUUGUCAUGUCUUGUUGCAACAAUUAUUACCAGUUUCCAUUCGAGGAAUUUUGCCACCUCAAGUGGGGUAUACAAUUACAAGAUUAUGUGUCUUUUUUAACACUAUCUGUAGCAAGGUCAUAAAUCCAAGUAUUUUAGAUGACUUGCAAGCAGAUAUACUUGAGACAAUGUGUCGAUUUGAAAUGUAUUUUCCCCCAUCUUUUUUUGACGUGAUGCCUCAUUUGGUUAUUCAUCUUGUACGUGAAAUUAAACUUUGUGGACCAGUGUGUAUGAGAUACAUGUAUCCUUUUGAACGAGAAAUGGGUGACUUAAAGGGAAAAGUCAUGAAUCCGGCCAAACCUGAAGCUAGUAUUGUACAACGAACAGUUGCUGAGGAAGUGACAUCAUUGGUUGCUCAAUAUCUUGCACGUUCACAAAAAAUUGGGUUGCCAAAGUCUCGACAUGAUGGGAGGCUUGGAGGUCAAGGUACUAUUGGCAGGAAAAGGAUAUCCAUGGGCUUUGAAAUGAAAAAUAAGGCCGAGCUUUUUGUGUUGCAAAAUCUUAGUGAGGUUCAUCCUUACUUGGACGAGCACAUGCUUUUUCUUAAAAAUAAAUAUCCUUCCAAAAGUGAUCUUCAGCUGAUAAAGGAGCCUAAUUGUUCAUUCGUUACAUGGUUCAAGGAACGAGUGAUGUCCCAACUAUCCACCACACCUAACGAUAUAUCUGACACAUUGAGAUGGUUGGCAUAUGGUGCUAAAUGUCAAGUCAUGUCAUAUGAGGGAUACGACAUCAAUGGGUAUUCUUUUUACACUAGCCGACAAGAUGACAAGUCAACAAUGCAAAACAGUUGUGUUAAAGUAGUAGGUUUGUCAUUUGAGUAUGUUAGUGCACAUGAUAAAACACUUGUGGAUAAGAAGAAAUUUUAUUAUGGAAUCAUUGAAGAAAUAAUAGAGCUGGAUUAUGUUGAUUUUAAGAUUCCUCUAUUUCGAUGUAAGUGGGCUGAUAGUAGCCGUGGUGUAAAAAAAGAUGAACAAGGGAACUUGACCCUUGUAAAUCUAGCUGAUCCAUUUAUAUUAGCUUCACAAGCAAAACAAGUUUUUUACAUGGCUGACCCAGCUGAUUGUAAGUGGUCAGUUGUUUUAGAAGGUAAAAAAAGGAUACUUGGCAUUGAAGAUGUGGUGGACGAGGAAGAAUAUGAUGAGCAAUUUAAUGAGUCACCACCUUCCGUUUGGAGCAUCCCUCCAAUAGUCGAUGAUUUUGACACAACGUAA